AUGGCAGACCUCAGCCGAAAGUUUGUGUCAGAGUCUGAACUCGACGAGAAACGGAAAAAAAGGCAGGAAGAAUGGGAGAAAGUCCGCAAGCCGGAUGACCCAGAGGAGGUGCCCGAGGAAGAAUAUGACCCUCGAUCUCUGUUUGAAAGGCUACAAGAGCAAAAGGACAAGAAGCAGGAAGAAUAUGAGGAGCAGUUCAAAUUCAAGAACAUGGUUAAAGGCUUGGAUGAAGACGAGACCAGUUUUCUUGAUGAGGUCUCGCGGAAGCAGUCUCUAAUAGAGAAACACAGACGGGAGGAGGACGCUCAGGAGAUAAAAGAAUACAGAAGCGCUCUGCAGAAGCUGGCAGCCACCGAUAGCCAGAAGAAGGAGUCAGAGAAAAAAGCAGGACCCAAACCUUCAGAGCACAAGACCAGUCACCUGUCACAGGCCCACCUGCUUGCUGGAGCAGUCAAACGACGCAGCUCAUCUCAGUCCUCAGAAGGGAGUAAAAAGCAGAAAACAGAGGAGACGGUAACAGGCAAUGGCAGUCAGACAGAGCAGAAGAGCGUGGACCCCAAAUCCCCCAGCGCGGGUGCAAACCGCUCCGGCGUCCUCCACCUGCCCUCGGCAGCCGUGUGUGUGGGGAUCCUCCCAGGGCUCGGCGCAUACUCGGGCAGCAGCGACUCCGAGUCCAGCAGCGACCUCGAAGUUUAAACCCCCGGCAGCUUAACCUGGUGACGCACCUUCCCAUCUACCCUUGCGGUUUCUGCAGAGCUCUAGUGGUCAACGGGACACUGACUGACUGCUGCGGAUCAAGAAGACAUGAAACAUUUAGUCCGAAACCAUCACAGGACAAAGCAGACAUGUUUAAACGGCUUGGUUUGAUUUUUUGCGUUUCUUUCUUGUUUAUGUUUUUAAGAUGAAAUGCUGCAAUGCUAAGAAUGCUGGAUUUUUCAUGAACUCUGCUCUAUCAGGGCACGAAACCUUGUGUUUGUUCGCUGGAAUAUAACCAGUGAUGACAGAAUGGACAAUAAAAGUGUUUCAAAUGUG